AAAAAUAAAACUUGUUUUUGAUUUGUUUGUUUGUUUUUCAAAUGCCGGUAAAUGUGAAAUUGUUUUGUUAUUAUUAGUUUUGUGUUGUAAUUGUGAUGUGAAGCAAUAAGAAAAUUAUAUGGAGCAUCAAUGGCUAACUAUAAAAACACAGCGAAAGGCGAGCUGGUGGCGAUCUACCGGCUGGAGUUCUACAGGAACCAGAAGAAAUGGAAGUUCUGUAAGAACGAGAAGAAGGAUGCAGCGAAACAUAUUAAACAAUCUGCAUCCAGAUUGAAGCUGAACGAGACGUACCGAGUGGAGGAGCCGCCGGAGGUGGAGCCCCCCGCGCCGCUCGACGACGCCUUCCUCGACACCGACUCCGACGAGAACGGCAAGGAGCAGCCGAGCCCCGCGCCGGCCGCGCGCCGCCGCAGGACCUCCAUCCUCGACCUCCAGCUGCAGCCACACUCCGAUGUGGACGAGUGGGCGGCGCGCGGGCGGCGGGCGUGGCGGGGCGCGGACCAGGUGUACUCAUCAGAGCUGCCAAUGCCCGAGACCCUGCAAUCUCGGCCGCCCGCGUUCGCGGGGUGGCCGGACACAGACCAACACACAGCGCCGCGCAACAUGUUGCAAGACAUGCUGCAACACGUCCCCACACAACAAAACACCAGGCGAAACGACGCAGAAACUAUAAAGCAACAUAUUGACAGCUUCGAUCCGAUUUCUGGACGAAUGGAGCAGAAUUAUGUUCUUAUGAAUCAAAGCACCGGCAGGAAUGUGUAUCAAAAAUGUCAAAUGAGACAGAAUAUGUGUCAGUAUAACGCCCAAAAUGCGUACAAUUAUGAGCUGGGUUUGAAGGCAAAUGUUGAGAACAAUUUGGAACAAGGAUUGAAGCAAAACAUGACGCAGAACGUCGCGUAUGAUCGCGGAUACGGACUACCGCAGGAUUACGCGCCAAACGUUGAAGAACAUUUGACUUACGGUUACGGGCGGUUCGGAUACGAUUUUGAGCACAAUUUGAAGGAGCACGUCGAUGAUAAUGUUUUUGUAGAGAACUUGGAGGAGCCGGCGAUGGAGGGAUUGCUGGAAAUGGAGAUGGAGUGGGGGCGGGAGGGGGCCGAGGGUGGGCAGGGGGCCAACGCCGAAGCCGAGAGGUGGCUGCACGAAUCUUUAGCGCAUUUUUGUUUGGAGCCGACAGCAGAAGAAGGCGGGACCGCAGCGUGCGAUGCGUCGCUGUCCUCCGGCGACAGCGCGGUGUUUAUGCGCGGCGCACAUGCGCGCGCGCAUUCCUCGGAGCUGCAGCUUGUUGGCGCCGACCCGUGCGCGUGCGCCAGCAUGUCGGCGAGCGAGCUGGCGCACAUGUCGUCGGCGGCGCUGCGCGGCUCGCUGCGCGCGCACGCCGCCGCCGCGCGCCGCCUGCUGCGCGAGCUGCGGCUCCGCGCGCAGCCGUACGGCAUGUCGCACGACCCCACCCGUUGUUCCGUCCCCACCCGCGAUGUGCCCCCCACCACUGCGGGCCCCCCCCCUGUGCCGGGGACUGAACGCUACGUGGCCGGCAGAGGACGAGGCAGGCGGCUGCUCACUUGAGUGGAUUAACUCCGUUUAUAACAAAAUUUAAGUAUUGUUUUCUCUUCUAGCAGAACAGGGUUGUUCAAUAUAGUUUGGAAAUAAAAAAAAAAAACAUAUCAAGUAAAUUUAUGUUAGUAACAAAAAAAAUCUUUUAUGAUGUUGCAAAUAUUAUUUUUGUAAUAUUUCUUAGUUUCGCAAUGGGUAAAAUAGUGUCUGUUUUAUCGAGUUCUGAAAAUAAAAGACUAUUUAGUUGACAUAUUCUGAAAAUCCUUUAAGGCGGAAACAUAAACGAAUGUUAUGUUUGAAAACAUUGUCUAAAACUACUUUCAUUUGUUUAAUUUUCAUUUAAUCAAUCUCUCAUCUGUAUAAUAUUUAUUUAUUAUAUGAAACAAAUAAUGCUUCAUUCUAAAGAUGUUAUAUUCAAUGUUCCUAUAAUUAGGGGUACAACAUAGUAUUAUUUACAAUGUAGAGUUUCUUAUAAAGAUAAAUAAUUUUUAGUAGGUAUAUAAACUGUGAGACUGAUGUGUUCCUGCCAAAUAAUAGAAAUUGUAGGUACCUUUAUGUCGAUACCUAGAAUAUUAUAUAAUUGUAAACUUAUUGAAAUCGUUAACGUAAAGGCAGCAAUGCCAAAUAAUUUCUAGUGAAAUGAAAAUACUUUAAGGAAAAGAGAUAUAUUUAUUGGUAUGGUGUUUCUUCCUUAUCUUCUUAAAUUUAAGAGAUAACAGUUGUCGGUGGAGUCAAGUGAUGCUUCCUCCAUUUAUCUUUUUCCUCUGUUAUUUUUUUAUUUGUUGGUAUGUUGUAAUGUUUACUUUUUGCUUUAUUUGAUCAAAAUAUUUGAUUGCGUUUCGGUGGGCGGUAAUAUCGCGAUAAAAAUAUAUUUCCACAGUCGCAAUGACACCGUUUCAUCGCUCCACGUGAAACGCUAUAAAUAUUGGUUCUACGAAAAACGUUUUUAAAUAUAAUGGAAAUGCCCUAAUUCCCUCUCAAUUAAAAAUAAUUAUUUAGUUUAAAGUUGAGGGGCUUUCAACUCAAAACCAGAAAUAUCUGAAUUAAAAAGUGAUUUUAACUUUUCAUCUGUUUCUAAUUGUGUAAAUUAGAAAUAGAUUUGCAAGGCAUUAUUUGAGCCCGGCUCUGAGCCAAGGACUGUAAACAUCUCUCAUUUCUCAACCUUUGUAUCUUGUAGGUAUAUAAUAAAUAUUUUGUUUUGAGGGAAAUGUUACCAUUAUUCUUCCAAUGUGUCAUAUUUGUAAUUAAGUGUUACCUAGAGCAAAUGUGCAAAAUAUAUUUUAUACUGAAAAAAAGCCAGUCUCAUUUCGCAUUUGGUGCUGGUAAUGAAUGUUAAAUUCGAAAAAAGAACUAAAGGAAAUUAAUAACGAAAUAUACACGUACUUGGCAGUUGACGAAACAAAGACUUGAAGUUCUUUUGCCUGACCGCCAAGACAUUUAAAAAAAAUGUUGCCAUACGCACAUUGAUUUUUGUUCAGGUCGAAAUACCUAAUAUCACAAGGUAUAAAAGUACUGGAUUGUUUAAAAAUGUUGAUGAUUGUAAAUUGAUAUGGUUAGUGUAAGUUUUGAUAUUAUAUUUGUUAUUCGCGCACUGACUGAACACAGAAAAAUAUGAACAAUUUCCGCUUUAAUUAUUUUGUUCAAAGUGGGAUGGCUUUUAAGAAGAAUGUGAUUUUAUUGUCGGUGCGCGGAUGCGUUGUCAUUACAAAAUAUUUAAUUGUUAUAAGACUGUAGCCAGCAUGGCGAGGUUGUAACAAAUGUUGAUUUUGGAAUUGCUCCAAU